AUGGUUUGUCUCAAUAUCAGCCCCCGUGUGGCACUAGUUGACGAGAGGAUCUCCAUCACAGCCAACAAUCUUCGUCCAUUACAGCGAGUGACGGUACAGGCAUGGGUGGAAGAAGGAAAAGCAGUGUUCAGCUCAUGUGGCCAUUUCCUGGCAGACCAACAAGGACAGAUCCAUGUCAGUCAACAUAACUCAGUUGGUGGAACAUACAAAGGUGUUGACAACAUGGGCCUCUUCUGGAGUAUGAAUCCGGUUCCUGGGGUGUCUCUUCAGCCAAUUCUCAGGAAAGUAGACGUGAUGACACCCCUAGUCUUCAGACUGUCCGUCAUGGAUGACCACAUACCCUUUGAUGACCUCCAGCUUCCCUCAUCUGUAGUUCUGGCAACAGGCGAGCUACAACGCUGCUACAAACACAGAACUGUUCGGAGAAUCGAAGUGCAUGUGGGGUCACUGAGAGGAACUAUUUUUUUGCCUGAAGGUAAAGGUCCAUUUCCUGGAGUGCUCGACAUGUUUGGUUCUACAGGUGGUCUGGUGGAGUUCCGAGCUGCAUUGUUGGCUUCUAGAGGCUUUGUUUCCUUUGCUCUCGCCUAUUUUAAUUACGAUGAUCUUCCAUCCUCUUUGGCCGAUGUUGACUUUGAUUACUUGCUUGAUGCUGUACACUGGCUGGCUUCUCAUCCUCAUGUCAAGCCUGGAGGUAUCGGUGUGGUCGGUAGCUCAAAGGGUGGUGAAAUGGCCUUCCUGCUUGGCAUGGCCACAGACAAGGCAUGGAAAAAUAAUGCCCAAAUACUAUACCUUCUUGGUGAUGAUGAUGCUGUAUGGAACACUGACCAUGCCAACACAUUCGUGAGGAGUUGUCCCGAAGAGAAAAGGAAAAAUAUUAAUCUCGUCACCUAUCCAGGAGGCGGUCACCUCAUCGAACCUCCAUAUAUGCCUUUGUAUAGAGCAAUGUACCAUCCAUUGCUUGGCUCGAUGGUGGUAAUGGGAGGACAUCCUGAAGCUCAUGCUGCCGCCCAGGAGGACGCCUGGAGAAGACUUCUCCACUUCAUUCAGAAACACGUUGCGUAGAAAUAUCUGACAUCUGACAAGAGGCGACUGAAUAUCGUAAUAAUAAGAUAUAACAAACUUACCAUGUUCAAAGAAUAUAUCCUUUAAUAUCCAUAGCAACAUUAUCACAUCAAUCUCAUGCCAUACUGUAACAUAUCUCGGACAUACAGAUUUGUUUCAUUACUGAUCACGACUGUCAAAUGAUGGAAGAAGUUGGGUUGUCCAAUGCGAAAAUGAAGUGAUAUAGUUGUAAAAAAUUGUGAACCAGGUGUACAUAACAUUGCUGUGUGUAUAAUAAUUAUUGACAAAAUAUGUAGAAUAAUAUAUGACGUCUGAUGUAUACCGAUAGUCUUGGCCUCAUCAACAAAGUGGUUAUGGAUGCAAUUAAGGUAGUGUUUUACUAUACAGACUCGAUAAAAUCACUGAUGGAAUAAGUCCGCCCUGUCACACCGACAUAUGGCUUGAAUUUUGCCGAAUCCGGCGUUACAUCAUAAACGAUUAAACAAUCUGAUAUCUACAGCUAGGUUACUUAA